AUGAACAACCAAAACUUAUCCACAUCGACUGUUAAUGAUCCUGCAGCUACCAUCACUACAUUGACUUCGUCAGUGAUAUCCAAAAUGAAAAAGGGUGAAGUAUUAAAAGUCGAUCUUGUAGAUUGUAAUUGCUCUCUGAUGCCAAUCAGUUAUAAUGGAAUUGAUCCCCUAUUUAUGUACACUCAACUAUUUAAAGAAGCACUUUUAAAAAUCGAAGACGAUGAUACACAAUCUAUUAAAGAAUUCGCAGAUUUCUGUCGUCUUCAGAAAUGA